AUGAAUGACUUCGACAGCAUCCUAGCAAAAAUCAACAUCUCUGACACAUUCGCUCCUAUUGCCACAGCACUGAGAGCCCUCGCCCGUGUUGUUGAGAACUCACACUCAGAUUAUUACUGCUGCGUUGCUUCUCCAGAGGAAAUUUGCUGUACAUGCCAAUCCAGCUAUUCUUUAGAUGCCUUAUUGUUCUGUAUUCAAGUUCCUACAUCUACGGUGCCACUCUGUAGAGGGUACCAACAAAUGUGUGAACAAAAACAAACAAACAAUGAACAAAUUCCAUCUAAUUCGGACUUUUCAAUUAUGAGGAAUAGCUAA